GAUAUGAUAGAAAAGAAGAAGAAGUAGAAGAAGAAGAAGAAGAAGAAAGUAUUGAACGUGUACCAGCUGAGUGAAAUUUGUCCUGCUGAGGCACCGCUUUCAGCAUAGAUAUCCGACAUGGAGAUUGACAUCCUCAUCGCACUGGAGGAUUUAGGCUACCAGGGCCCUCUGAUGGAGGAUGGAGCCCUGGAUGCUGUUGUCACCAAAGGAGCAGCUUCCCCAGAGUUCACCAAGCUAUCUGCCUGGAUCGUCUCGGAGCUCAGACUGUAUCUGAAGCUGGAGGAAAACGUCCAUGCUACUAACUGUCCCAGCGAGGCAGAGGGCUUCCAGCUGGAGAUGAGUGGCCUUCUUUCCGAACUCGCCUGCCCUUACAGCUGUCUGACCAGUGGACACGUCACCCAGAGGUUUCUGAGCAGAACGGACUGUCUGCUCCUGAUCACCUUUUUAUUGUCCGAAUUGGAUGCAUCCAGGAUGAUUCUGGUUAACAAGCCUCAGAGGAAAGCCCAAGAAUCUUGCAGUCCGGUCUUCCAGGAACUGAAGGGCAUCUGCAUGGCCCUUGGCAUGUCCAAACCUCCACCCAACAUCACCAUGUUCCAGUUCUUCUCCGGAAUUGAGAAGAAGUUAAAAGAAGCCAUAAGUAGGGUUCCACCAAACCAUGUUGGGGAACCUCUGAUGAAGAAGCCCUUUGGACCUGUGCAUAUGGAAAAGGUUGAGGCUAUAAACCAAGCUCUUGUAAAUGAAUAUGAAGUGAGAAGAAAGAUGUUGUUGAAACGUCUUGAUGUAACCGUGCAAUCCUUCGGCUGGUCUGAAAGAGCAAAGACCCAAGCAGAGAAAUUGAGUAGAGUGUACCAGCCUCUGCGCUCUGCCCUCCUCACAAACAGUAACAUCUCUGUUGCUCACCUUCUUGCCGCACGACAAGACAUCUCCAAGAUCCUUCGGACGAGUAGCGGCAAGAUGAGGGAGAAGACGGCCUGCGCCAUUAAUAAGGUUCUGAUGGGCCGAGUGCCAGACAGGGGUGGACGACCCUGUGAGAUUGAGCCUCCGCCCCCAGAGAUGCCGUCCUGGCAGAAGCGUCAGGAUGCCCCUCAAGGCGGGGGCCACUACGGUGGAGGACACGGUGGCAGCAGAGGAGGCUAUGACAAUUUCUCCCACGGCGGCUCCGGAGUCUACGAAAGAGGGCGUGGAGGGGGCCACGACGACAGGGCAGGGAGAGGAGCUGGCGCGAGAGGGGGGAGGGGCAAGGAAGGCUGGGGUGAUGGAACCGGAGGGGGGAGAGGGGGUUACAGCCAGACUCACUACCAAGAAGGAGGAAAUUAUCACAGGGGAGGAGGCAGAGGAGGUUACACAGGAGCCAACCAAGGAGGUUUCCAGGAUCAGGGCUUUCACGGAGGAGGGGGGGGAUACCACAGCACUUACAACCAGGACGGAGGCUGGCACCAGGAAAGAGGUGGGGGUCGGGGAGGUCGAGGGGGCAGGGGAAGAGGGGGCUGGGGGGGUAGAGGGGGUCAGAGUUUUAGCCAAGGAGGACAGUUUGAACAGUUUUUCCAGCAUGGAGGGCAGCAGUACAACCAGGCGGGGUUCAACCAAGGCAGACACUACACCAGCUGAAGGUGCAGCACCAACUCCAUCAUCAUCAUCCUCCGCAGAAAGCCUCAUCCGUUAUGUUACAGCUUCAACAAACUGGAACAAGAAAAUUAUUAAACAAGAGACAUUUAAACCACCAAUUAUUAUUUUGGUCACCUGUGCUCUAUGGACUGUUAACCGAUUGCUAACGUUAGCUUCUGCAUCCUGGCCUGUUUUCAACUUUCCUUUAAUAAUCGGUGUUGAAGCCUUACAGCCCUGAUCUGACUGAACGAAGAAGACGUUCCUCACGUCUGUGUCCAGGACACGCCUUAGCUUCACGAAGGGGGUCACUGAAUCUCCAAGAUUACUUGAAAGUAAUGUACAUUUUCCAGUCUGUUUUCAUUUCAGUGUCUGGCUGGAUUUUCCUGUGUUACCUAUUUAAAGGAUGCCAACGUGUGCAGCCAUGUGAAUACACCUUGAAAUGUUGGAAGCUUUGUAUGGAUGUAAACAUGCAAUAAAAGUUUCAAAAACCAUCCCA